UAGCCUUUGAAGUUGAAAGAAUUAAGGCUGAUGAAGGUAAUCCACCAAAAAUGAUAAAGCAUGUUAGAGAACUUGCAGAACAGCUCUUCAAAAAUGAGAAUCCCAAUCCCCACAUAGCAUUCCAGAAAGUGCCACGGCCCACGGAGGGCUCCCACUUGCGAGUUCACAUCCUCCCAUUCCCCCGGAUCAAUGAGUGCCGGGUACAGGAGCUGCUCCAGGAAGGCCUUGCAAGGAGUCAGGGUGCCCCCACUGCCACUAGAGGGGACAAGAAGUGUGUUGUUCCAGCAGGUCCACCUGUUGUUUCCAUAAUGGAAAAAGGAAGCACGGUUUUCAAUAGUGCACAAAGGUUGGAAGUUGUUAGAAACUGCAUCUCAUUCAUUUUUGAAAAUAAAUUUUUGGAGACUGAAAAGACCUUGCCUGCAGCUCUGAGAGCCCUAAAAGGGAAGGCAGCCCGUCACUGCCUGACACAGGAAUUAGGCCUGCAUGUUAAACAAAAUCGAGCGAUACUGGACCAUCAGCAGUUUGACUACAUAGUACGAAUGAUGAACUGUGCUUUGCAGGAUUGCUCGUCAUCAGAAGAAUAUAGUGUUGCUGCAGCCUUGCUACCCCUGACAACUGCUUUCUAUAGGGUAAGUUCUCAGUAACUUCAGUAAAAAGGGCUCCUGUUUUUUAUGUUUUAUGUAAAUUGUUAAAUGGAAGAAAGUAAAAAUGAGAGGUGCAUGCUUAGUAUCAUGAGUGCUGAAAUAAGAUUAUUUGUGUUUUAAUCUCAUAAUCAAGAAGGCAAGCUGCAUUGAAUGUAGAAUAGUUUCUUCUGUAUGUUUCUAAGUUUCAGUAGAAGUACUGAGAUCUUGCACAAUUUCUCUCACAAAAAGUUCACUGAAAUCUUCUGUGUGAUGAAAUACUUCCCUACUUACUAUUUAACUGAAAUUAUACUUUCAGAAGUUAUGAGACCCCGGAUGUAAAUAGCAUGAUGAUUUUUUAAUGUUCCAGACCUGAACUGAAAAAAUAAAGUAACCUGACUGUUGCUUGCAAAAGCCAGCUGUUAAUGCAUAAUAGAAAAAGAAUUUUGUUUUUCCCAGAUCUAAUCCUCAGGUUCAGUGAUGGUCCCCUUUGGUAUGUCCCAUUAGAUACAAUUGUUUGGCAGAAGUACUUAUUUUGGUAUAAAACUAAGUUAUUCAUACUAAACACAAACUGAUGUGUUUUUCAGAGCAUAAGAUCUGUAGACAAACUUUAUAGUGGCUAGUUAAAAUUAACAGUUUACAUGUUUUAUUUGGAAUUUGAGUCAAAGUGAAGCUUUUUGAAGCAUUUUUCAGUUUCUCCAGAGGUUUUCAGUAUUUCAUCCUAGAGUAUGAGUAUGUUAUACCUGAAAUGAAGCUGCAUAGGAGCAAUGAUCUGGAUGAAUAUUCUUGAAUUAAGAGAAAUGAGUAACAUUCUUUAACCCCCUUCAAAUUUUCCUUUAUAAUCUUUUGGAGGAUUCUCAUUCUACAGUUAAAUGAAACUAAUGUUCCUCUUUCCCUAUUUUGGGAAUAAAUCCUAUCAAAUCCUGCUGCAUCUUUUUUCCCUUGGCCUCCCUGCUUUGAACAUAUUGCUAAACAGUUUAUAGUCUUCUGUUCGCUGGAUUUUUUUUCAUAGAAAUCCUAGACUGUAAAAGCUGUUUAACAAGGCAUAUUACUGUUCUGUCUGUGAUAAGUCUGUAGGAAGAUCCAAACUGAAAUUCAAAUCAUUUGAGGGGAAUGAAUUGUGUUUAUUAAAAGAACAUUCUAACAAAGCUGGUACAAAUGCAUUGUCAAAUUAUGCCAUGGCUUUUUCUAAUGAAUUGCUUGUCUAUUUCAUUAAAUUAGCAUGUAUAGCAUUGUUUAUACAUACAUUCAUGCAUACACGCUUCAAGCUGUAUUUCAUUUUUCUAUAGGCGAAGUACAGGUUUUACAAUACUUCUGCUUCAGUAUGCAAAAAUGUCUUGUUUCUGUUGUAAGUGCAAUUGUUUUUAUCCUUUCCAAAAAUUGUGAAGUAGUGCUUGGAAGUAUGCACUUGUUUUUACUGAUGCUCUUGUUAUCAGAACACCAUGUUUAGUGCCAGAAGCGUAUUAAAUAUUAUUUCAUAUGGCCACAUUAAAAAUACACAGUGUUCUUGGUAGCCAGGGAUAGAUUUUUUGUGUUUCAUUGUUGUUACUUCUCAACUGGAUUCUAGUUAAAGUUAGCAUUAAGAAAGCCUAAGAACACUGUAGAAUUAUAUCAAUUAAAUAGUUAUAUCAUCAUCUCUAUUUGCUAUUAUUACGAAUUAUUAUGGGAAAUUAUGAUGGGGUUCCAUUACAACAUUUAAUUGUUAAUGUAAUUCCUGUCACUUGAAAUAAAAUAAUAAAAAGAAGAUCCACAGUGUCAAAAUUCUGUUGAUUGAGGACUGUUGUGCAUCUGAAAUAUUAAGUUUCAAGAAUGCAUUCAUUUUGUUACCUGGCAUAAAAGAGAGCACCAAUGUGUCAACGGUUUACGGGCUGGUUCGGCCUGGUUCCGUGACUAGAAGGGCAGAGGGAUCCGC